AUGCUUGUCCGCUCGCUGCAGCUCUGUGCUGCCGCCUCUCUGACUGCUGCCACCAACCUCUUCGUCUCGGACUACUCUGGCGAUAUAACCACUCUGUCCCUUACCGAGCACGGUGGCCACUACUCUCUGACAAAGACCUCCGCCAACCCCGGCUGCGCCCCAAAUCCGUCAUGGCUUACUCUCGAUCCCAAUCACGCGACUCUUUACUGCCUCGACGAGGGUCUUGAAGUCACCAAUGGCUCUCUUACAUCCUUCACCAUCGGCGACGACGGCAGCCUGACCAAAGUCCACCGCGAAGAAACCAUCAGUGGUCCCGUCAGCGGUGUCAUCUACGGCAACCCUGCCGAAAAACGUUCAAUCGCAUUGGCACACUACUCUGGCAGCGCAUUGAGCAGCUGGGACUUGGAUGUCAACCGCACUGGCGGCUUUGCAUUCGAGCAGGACAUACUCUUCAACUUGACCAAGCCCGGUCCCAAUGCCGAAAGACAAGACGCUCCUCACGAGCAUGAAGCUGUUCUUGACCCUACUGGCCAAUUCCUUGUUGUUCCUGAUCUUGGAGCAGAUCUCGUUCGCAUCUUCUCUUUCGACGCCAAGACUGACAAGUUGAUGGCUGAGAAGCCUCUUGCUGUUCUUCCUGGCUCUGGGCCUAGACAUGUGGCUUUCUACCAGCCUUAUGGUGUCGUUGGCAAGAAAUCGACCAGUUUCAUGUUUUUGGUUUCUGAGCUGGCAAACACUGUCACUUCGUUCGCAGUCUCNCCCGACAACCGCUUCCUCAUCGUCUCCAACCGCAACAACACCUCCUUCCACAUCCCCAACCCAUCCACCCACAACACCACCGCCAUACCCUCAGACUCUUUAUCCACAUUCGCCAUCGACAAAGAUGGCUCGCUCAAGCAUAUCCAGCUCUGGCCUGCAGGCGGCAUGUUCCCGCGCCAUUUUUCGCUCAACAGAUGGGGUGAUUUGAUCGCUGUGGGUUUGCAAUACGAUAAAAGUGUUGUGGUGUUUGAGAGGGAUGUUGCAUUGGGCACUGUGGGUAAGCCGGUGGCGAGGUGGGUGGGUGGUGGGAAUGUUACUUGUGUUGUUUGGGAGGAGUAG